UUGCUAUCUAGUCUCUUGUGAACCUCUUUAGCGAGUCCCCCAACCCCAACCCCCCGUCCAGGUACUGGGUUAUUAGAGCUUCACGACAAAAAGUUUUUACUAUGUGCGGAAAAGGCGAAAACAAAACCGAAACUUGAAUAUUCUACUAGGGCAGGAAGUGAAUAUUAGUCAAUAUAGCACAUGAUUCAUCUGUGGUUUGAAAUCACAUGCUAUCUAGACUUCCCUAUUUAAUGUCUGAGCCGCAGUGUUCCUUGUCACUCGCAAUAGCUAGCUUAGAUUGGAGGCAUCUUUAGACGAUCUCUGGCGAUACUAAAUAGCUUUUUAUACAGCAAUACCAGCCAUGUUGAAGAUCAUACUCGUGGCAGUCGCAGUGGUUGUCUGCUGUAAAGGUGUUGAAUGUGCAGGAGGCGUGUUGAAAUUUACCCAAGUAGACGUCCAACAGACGAGUAGCGUCAACAAUGAGUUCGUAAACUGCAUGGCCAAAUGCCUAGGCCAUUCUGUGGCUGAGAUUGAAGAGUGGGUUGCGGAAUGCGGGACCGAUGUAAAAUGCUGGUUGGAGAAAGUGGGUAUUGAGGCAAUCAAAUGUGUCCCACGUUGUCUCUCUGUGGGAAUAGACGCGAAGCAUGUCGAUGAUAUCGCAACAGUCAGAGAAAAAGACGAAGUUGGCAAUAACUUUGCCAUUUGUCUUGCCAAGUGUUUGGGCAGGUCUGUGGCGGAUAUUGAACGCUGGAUUGGAGAAUGCGGGGAGAACGUCAAAUGCUGGGUGAAAAAAGUGGGCUUUGCUGCUCUUAAGUGCGUACCUAAGUGCGUGUCACUGGAAGGUGACGCAGUCCAGAAUGUAGUCGCCAACACACCGGAAAAUAAAGUUGAAGUUGGCAAUCACUUUGCCGAUUGCCUUGCCAAGUGUUUGGGCAAGUCUGUGGCUGACGUAGAACAGUGGUUGGAGGAAUGUGGAACAGAUGUCCAUUGCUGGCUGAAAAAAGUGGGCUUUGCAGCUCUUAAGUGCGUACCUGAGUGCGUAUCACUGGAAGUUUACGCUGAUCUUACCACAACUGAUGAUAAAAGCCAACAAAAAGGAGCUGCGUUGGGGGACAUGCCAAAGAUGGACCAAAGUCCAAUUGAAUACAACCCUUUUCUUGACAUGGCCAGCGAAUUUCAAUCUCAUGCCAAUCAAGACCAAGGCGCCUCAUCGUUCGUGAUAUGUAUGGCAAAAUGCUUGGGAAAAAGUGUUACAGAGGUCGAGGGUUGGGUCAAGGAAUGUGGCAAAGACGCAAAAUGUUGGCUGGAAAAAGUUGGCGGAGCUGCUUUGAAAUGUGUAGGAGAAUGCCUUGCCACUUCUUCUUUAGAUCUGUCUGAAGAACCUGUGUUCGUCGAAGAUGAAGCCAUCCCUCCCUUUGUGGAAUGUUUGGGAAAGUGUUUGUUAAAAAGUAUAGUCCCAGAAAUAGCCGACUGGGUUAAGGCGUGUGGUCAGGACGCCAAAUGUUGGUUGGGAAAAGUUGGUGGAGCUGUCGUAAAAUGCAUCGGAAGCUGUAUCCCUUAUGCCGAGCAAACCGAAGCUGAAGUCUUUUCGAAAUUGGCAACCGUUGAAGAGCAAGCCAUCCCUCCCUUUGUGAAAUGUUUGGGAAAGUGUUUGUUACAAAGUAUCGUUCCUGAGAUAGGCGACUGGGUCAAGGCUUGUGGGCAGGAUGCCAAAUGUUGGUUGGGAAAAGUUGGCGGAGCUGUCGUAAAAUGUAUUGGAAGCUGUAUCCCUUAUGCCGAGCAAACCGAAGAAUUUGUGUCCGUCGAAGACCAAGCCAUCCCUCCCUUUGUGGAAUGUAUGGGGAAGUGCUUGUUGAAAAGUAUAGUUCCAGAGAUAGGCGACUGGGUUAAGGCAUGUGGACAUGACGCUAAGUGUUGGCUGGGAAAAGUUGGCGGAGCUGUUGUAAAAUGUAUUGGAAGCUGUAUCCCUUACGCCGAGCAAACAGAAGCCUUUUCGAAAUUGGCAACCGUCGACGAGCAAGACAUUCCUCCAAUUGUGAAAUGUUUGGGAAAGUGUUUGCUACAAAGCAUCGUUCCCGAGAUAGGCGACUGGGUUAAGGCUUGUGGGCAGGAUGCCAAAUGUUGGUUGGGAAAAGUUGGCGGAGCUGUCGUAAAAUGUAUCGGAAGCUGCAUCCCUUAUGCCAAGCAGACUGAAGAAGACGUGACUCUGGAAGAACAAGACAUUCCUCCAAUUGUGAAAUGUUUGGGAAAGUGUUUGCUACAAAGUAUCGUUCCCGAGAUAGGCGACUGGGUGAAGGCGUGCGGACAGGACGCCAAAUGUUGGUUGGGAAAAGUUGGCGGAGCUGUUGUAAAAUGUAUCGGAAGCUGUAUUCCAUAUGCCGAGCAAACCGAAGCUGAAGCCUUUUCGAAAUUGGCAACCGUCGACGAACAAGACAUUCCUCCAAUUGUGAAAUGUUUGGGAAAGUGUUUGCUACAAAGCAUCGUUCCCGAGAUAGGCGACUGGGUUAAGGCAUGUGGACAUGACGCCAAAUGUUGGUUGGGAAAAGUUGGCGGAGCUGUCGUAAAAUGCAUCGGAAGCUGCAUCCCUUAUGCCAAGCAGACUGAAGAAGACGUGACUCUGGAAGAACGAGACAUUCCUCCAAUUGUGAAAUGUUUGGGAAAGUGUUUGCUACAAAGUAUCGUUCCCGAGAUAGGCGACUGGGUCAAGGCUUGUGGGCAGGAUGCCAAAUGUUGGUUGGGAAAAGUUGGCGGAGCUGUUGUAAAAUGUAUCGGAAGCUGUAUUCCAUAUGCCGAACAAACCGAAGCUGAAGUCUUUUCGAAAUUGGCAACCGUUGACGAACAGGCCAUCCCUCCUUUUGUGGAAUGUUUGGGAAAGUGUUUGUUAAAAAGUAUAGUCCCAGAGAUAGCCGACUGGGUUCAGGCGUGUGGGCAUGACGCCAAAUGUUGGUUGGGAAAAGUUGGCGGAGCUGUUGUGAAAUGUAUCGGAAGCUGUAUUCCAUAUGCCGAACAAACCGAAGCUGAAGUCUUUUCGAAAUUGGCAACCGUUGACGAACAGGCCAUCCCUCCUUUUGUGGAAUGUUUGGGAAAGUGUUUGUUAAAAAGUAUAGUCCCAGAGAUAGCCGACUGGGUUCAGGCGUGUGGGCAUGACGCCAAAUGUUGGUUGGGAAAAGUUGGCGGAGCUGUUGUAAAAUGUAUUGGAAGCUGUAUCCCUUAUGCCGAGCAAACAGGAGACAACAACAGGUUGCCUUCUUAUUCUGUUAUGAUGCGCUACCCUCUCUCACAAAGGCUGUUGAAGUCUGCUUAUGCUGAGAGUAAACUGCGCCAGAACCUUUAAAAUUCUAACAGACAUCACGAUGCAGUAAAGCCUCGCACAUUUCGGCCUGAAUGACAUUGAUGGGAAAAUUCAGUGACUCUUAACAUAAUUCACAGACUCUUACAUGAACGAUGUAGAUUUAAUUCCCGCUUGAUGUAUAUAUCUUUAGAAAUGUGAAGUAAAGAGGAAAAUAAAGUAAGCGACAAAAUAUGCUAUCGAUAUUUCGGUUUAAGGGGAUAUUUUUUAACUUUUAGUUGACAGCAUUAAAACUGUAGCUCAAAUCGUCUCACUACCUUAAUUUUGAUAUACAGACAAUGUAUAAAGUGUGUACAUGGACAUGCCAAUG